AUGCAUUUCACGAAGCUUGGAGCUGCCGUGUCCUUGGUUCAACUUGGACAGGCCAUUCUUCUACCACCUUCUAUCUCAUCCGCCGAUUCCGAACUCAUCAACACCUUACCUUUCGAAGAUAACGCCCUAACAGAGGGACGCAAACUAGAUUUGGCUUGCCCCGGCUGUCCAGUAAUCAUCCAAGACCUUCAAGGGCAGGCUCACUAUGCCGAUAAUGAGAAUUCCAUCCGCCUCGACCUUUCCAUCGCUGAGGGAGAGAAUGGCAUCGACCGACUAGUUGUCAACGGACUUCCCAUCUACCCCAUGGAACCUAUGUCCGAUUCCUUCUUGCAACCUCUUACCGCACCUCAACUGAUCAAAACCAACGAUGAUACCUGGACCAUGGUCGCUGAGCCAGUAUUGGGCUACGCACUAAGUGUUAGACACCCAGUCCACUCCGAACAAGACCAACUCGACCUCGUAUCCCUGCACAUCGAAAUCGUCGAAGUAGCCAACAAAUUCCUCAACAGCGUCCCAUCCGUCGAUAUCAAGCUUAUCGAGACCCCGUCUGGAAAGUUGAUGCUCGGAGAUGUUGAGAUUCUACCCCCAGCUCCAUCCCCAUCUGAUGGAGGACAGGAAUGCACAACUCUCCUUUGUAAAUGGCGCGCCAUCAUCGCGGCCAAACUCAGCAAAGUUAAGGGUAUGGGUUGUGGAAGUAAAGCACGUCCAGUGGCCGCAGUCGAAGGACCAAAAGACAACGGUCGUCCACAACCUCCUCAUCCUCGUCCUGCUGGUCGUCCUCAUGGUCACCACCACCAGAAACACGAAUUUGGUCGAUUCCUGCGAAACAUUGCUGCCCACAUUCUCCUUCCUAUUUUGGUUGGUGUUGCGGUUGGAAUCACAGCCAGUCUUGUUGGUAUGUUGGUUGGAAACUUGGUCGUCUUCAUCUGGCGUGUUCUCUUCCGUCGUGGUGGACAAUACACUAGAGUCCAACAGCAUGACAUUGUCAUUGAGGAAGACUGCCGUGGUGAGAAGAAGGCAUUCUUGGAGGUUCAAGGCCCACCACCAACCUAUGAAUCGGUUGAUGACAAGGCAUAA